CGCGCAUCCCCGCGUUCCAUCAGCUCCUGCGUUGGCUGUCAGAUUGAACAGACCUUGCAUUCACCUGCCCUCAGCCUUGCGUCGCGUGGUGUCUAUUUUUGGGAACCUCUCGUCAUGGCAGCCCAGGAGACCCUCCAGGACUCGGGGCAAUCUCCGGGUGGGAUGAAGAGCCGCAGCGUCAGCCCUUAUAACGAUCCCUCCACUGGCUUGACCUUGGAUAUUUCGGUCGCGUCGACCACUGCUCCUUAUACCACUGCUUCCUACAACCCCUCCCAUCCUGGCGCCUCCGAAUCCUACGGCUACAACCCCGCUGGUUAUCUCUCCGCACCCUCCGCCGCGCAGACGUUGGCCCCGACCGACCCGACCUACUCGCACGGCCUUCAGCUCCCACACUCCUUCGAUGCUGGCUUAGUCCCUCAACUUGACCAGUCGACGGGACUAUCCUUGCAGCAAUCGCAGCAGCAACCACCGGACGAGAACUUCUCCAAUCUGUUGAAUUCGAACCCGUCCGAUUUCGACUUUGCGCUCUACCAGAACCCCAGCCCAAACAGCACGGCGGCCCCGGAUUACGACUCCCCGCUGCUGCUUGAUCCCCAGGUUCACGGCCAGUCCCGACCGGGCAGCCAGGCUAUCAACCCAGCCGACCUGAUCAGCCAGAUACCCUCCCCUCACCCUUCGGCCUCCCCGCAGAUGUCCCCAAUCUCCCCCCAAGAUCGCUAUCAUCACUCCUCUCCUGGACCCAUGUCGCCGCCGAGCUCCACCCCCGGGACUUACUACACCCCGCAACACUCUAGGCAUACCUCCUUGGACCCCGCCACCGCCGCCUACAUGACGGGUAAUGUGCAUACGGAUUGGCAAGCGGUAAUGGCCAAUUCCGCCUUUCAGGGCCAUCGACGAGCCCCCUCGGAGGUGUCCGAGGUAUCGUCCGCCGCCCCGUCCCCAUACAUGUCGCAGCAUGAGUCCUUCGAUGGCGUGGACAACAACCCCUCUCCGCUCCUAGCGCCCCAGAAUGAUCCCGGCCUCUACGACAAUGCCCUCGGCAUCGAAUCCUUCACCCUGUCCGAGGGUCAGCAGCAACACCCACAGCCGGGCAUCAGCCCCGCCCAUAGUCCGUAUAUUUCGCCGCAGUUGAUGCCCCAGCAGAGCGCGGAUAUGAUCCCCAACGUGCCAUAUAUUUCUCCUCCAGCAGUGAAUAUGCAAUACCCCACCCCGCCGACCGACAUCUAUGGGGAUAUGGUAGCUCAAGGAAACCCAGGCCUUGGAGACAUGGGCCAGGCAUCGCAAAUGGCGCCCCCAUCCAUUAACGUGGAAUUCGCUCCCCCGUCCAGAAAUUUGAAUCUCCCGCAGGCUAAGCCGGCCGCGGACCUGGACUCGCUGAGCCCGCCUGUCGCCAUGCGCUCCCGCAUGCGCAGUAAGUCAGACCCGUACGCCCACCCAGCUUCUCGCGCGCGGUCAUCUUCUACCUCGACUAGUCUGGAACCAUUUGUCCCUCCGUCGCCGCGGUCGCUGUCGCCCUUUGAUUCCAUGGGGCGACAACCACACAGCAACCCCAGCUCCCGUGAGCCAUCUCCCUCGCGGUCUGGCCGGCGUUUGUCGACAUCAUCGAUCGAUAGCCGUAAUUACAUCCUUGGCCUUGCAGAUCCCCAGAGACCUGGAGCCAGUCUCAAUGACUCGAAACGUGUUCAGAAACAUCCUGCCACGUUCCAGUGCCAUCUGUGCCCCAAGCGCUUUACACGGGCCUACAACCUACGUUCUCAUCUACGGACCCACACCGAUGAACGGCCGUUCGUGUGCACUGUCUGUGGGAAAGCUUUUGCUCGACAGCAUGAUCGGAAGCGUCACGAAGGGUUGCAUUCGGGCGAGAAGAAGUUUGUCUGCCGAGGCGACCUGUCCCGGGGAGGACAGUGGGGAUGUGGCCGGCGGUUCGCUCGAGCAGAUGCUUUGGGCCGUCAUUUCCGGUCCGAAGCUGGUCGGAUCUGCAUCAAGCCGUUGCUGGACGAAGAAUCACAGGAGCGGGAGCGCUCGAUGAUGGAUCAGCAACAACAUCUGCAGCCAAUUCCACCUCCAUUGAUGGUGCCUGGGAUGGAUGGCCAACACACAGGCAAUUUCGUUCUUCCUGCCGCGUUGUUGGCACAAUACCCAGCGCUGCAGAACCUGCAAUGGGACCAGAUAGCUGCCAGUGCAGACGAACACAGCGACAUAGGAGGACGUAGCAGCUUUGAUGCGAGCUCCGGCGGAGAAUUUGGGUUUGACGAUGACGAAUCUGGUCUCAGUAGUGUCUCCGGCAUCAGCGGGGGCUACGGAGGUGGCCAGGGCAAUAUAUAUGAUGUGAACAACCCCGGCCAAAUGCUAGGGGUUAACCCUGCAGAAUCUGGCUACCGAGAAACCGAUUGGAGGGCAUGACACUUUUCACGGCAUUUAGAGUCCUAACUUUCUAUCUUUCUCUUUCUCUUUUCCCAUCAUUUUUUAUCUUUCAGCCCGGGUCUGCCUGCCAUCGCUUUCAUGACCCAUCCUUUUUUGUUAUUUUCCCUUUUU